ACAAUGGACACACCUUACUUGUCUCGGCUUGUCGAUGCUUCACUCUACUUCAACCACGACCCACUCAUUUCUCCACAUCUCAGAAUAUUUAUAUCUGUCCAUUCUUCUUUGCACCACAGGGGAUCGUGCAGGUAGUCUCGAUCGAAGUCCGCCGCUGCGCCUGCCGAACACCAAGCCACGGCUUAUUCCACUGAAGUCUCAUCAUUGUGGCCAGUAAUACCACCAAGGGUGUGCUCGCCAGUCCACCAAUAGACCAUGCCCACCCUUUCGCCGUCUCCGGAUGUUAGUCCUGUGUCAGCAGCAGCAGCAGCCAACUCUCACUACCUUCGCGAUUCUUUCUGCCUCAAUCUUUCGACCUUGCCAGAUGCAAACAACUAUUCCAUCAAGUCGUCUCUUGCGUCAUCUCACCUACUUGAUUCUCCCACAGAUGGCCUUUACUCACCCAUCAGCAAUCUUAGUGUGAGCGGAGCACCAUUUCGUAAUAGACCUCGCAACAUGUCACAGUCAUCCACUGAUAGAGAGACGCCGUACGACACCUCACUACUCUCGAAUGGUCAAGCUCCAACUAGUCAUGGUGACGCCUGUACGAACCCUAAAAAGAGGCCGAAUACAGAUGCAAUUGACUACCCGCGUCGGAGAGCAACAAUUGCAUGUGAAAUUUGUCGCUCAAGGAAGUCACGAUGUGAUGGUUCGAGACCAAAGUGCCGACUCUGUACAGAGUUAAAUGCCGAAUGUGUAUAUCGAGAGCCUGGAAUCAAGCUUGAUGCCGGAGACAAGUUGAUCCUGGAGCAUUUGAAUCGCAUUGAAGGGCUCCUACACUCAAGCUUUUUAUCCCAGCAUGGCAGCCUGAAUCUCAGUUCGCACUCUCCUGCUGCAACCACCAGUACCAACGACGAUAUCCUCGCGCGAAGUUCCAGUGACGUCUCGGGCUUGGGCUUGUUUCCAGUUGUCAAUGAAGUCGGAACGUGGUCCACACUACCCUCGAACAUCUCCGUUAUGCCAAAGACUCACACGACUCCAGCGCUGAAUCUUCUUCAAUGGCCGAUGAUUCGGGACCUUGUCUCACGCCCUUAUGAUCCCCAGGUGUUACUCCAAAUAGAAAUGGCUCGAGAGCCUUUGAGCUUUGGAACUCAGCUCAAUAUUGAUUUGUCGCACACUGGGGCUUAUGUACAAGCUUUCUUCGAACGGGUGAACGUGUGGUAUGCCUGCGUGAAUCCAUACAAUUGGCACAGCUAUUAUCGUACUGCGCUAUCUGUUGGCUUUCGAGAGGGACCGGAGAGUUGCAUUGUACUACUCGUGCUAGCCCUUGGCAGUGCUAGCAACGCCGGUAGCAUCUCCCAGCAGCCUUCAGACAAGGACCCACCUGGUAUGUCGUACUUUGCUGCUGCUUGGGCUCUGCUUCCAAGUCUCAUGACUCGCAACACUAUGAUGUCUGCACAAUGUCAUAUUCUAGCUUCUGCGUACUUAUUCUACAUCGUACGCCCAUUGGAAGCAUGGAACCUGCUUACGAGUACAAGUAUGAAACUCCAAUUGCUUCUUAGUUCCCCUGGGCGACUGCCUACACACGCGAAGGAGCUAAGUGAGAGAGUGUAUUGGAAUGCACUCUUGUUCGAAAGUGAUCUUCUUGCUGAGCUGGAUCUUCCACAUACGGGUAUCAUCCAAUUCGAAGAAAGUGUGGGCUUACCAGGAGGAUUCGAAGAUGAGGGAGAAGAGCCAGCUGGCAAAGAUGAACUCUGGUACUUCCUGGCUGAAAUCGCGCUACGGAGGCUCCUUAAUAGAGUUAGUCAUAUGAUAUACACGAAAACCACCCCGUCGACCUCUCUGGCCGUCUUGGAUCCACUCGCAGCGGAACUAGAUUACCAGUUGACACAGUGGUAUGAAAGCCUGCCCAUUCCGGUGCAAUUUCCUCACAGUAGAGUACCGCUGUCUAAUCCAGUACAAACGGUUCUACGACUGCGCUACUUUGCUUGCCGGACGAUCAUAUACCGCCCUUAUAUCCUCGCUGUGCUCAACGAUGAGAGUGUGGCCAUGGACCUGACAGUGCAGGAGAACUGCCGGCGGUGUCUUGAGGCCUGUAUCAGACAACUGGAGCAUAUCCAAGCUCAUCAUGCGGGACAUCUGCCUUACCUAUGGCAAGGAGCUUUAUCAAUUGUAUCGCAAACACUGCUUGUAAUGGGGGCAACCAUGUCGUCGUCUUUGUCCGCUUUGCUCCCCCCACCACAUCAGAUGGACGUUAUCAUUGACGACGUUAUACUCGAGAUCGAACGAUAUGCGCACCUGGCCCCGAGUCUUCGUCUAUCUGCAGAAAUCAUUCGCGAGGCAGAGGAUCGGAGGCAACUGUAUCUUCGAUCUGUAGGCGUGAGGGCUUGAUAUGAACAGGCCAGCGACGGCCCCAAUUCUGACUAGUGAUGUUGCGCAGCAAUAAUGAUGUUCAGAUAGAUCUUGACGACUUCAUGGUCUUAGUUCUAGAUUAGGUACUACACUACGCUACACCAAACGUACGAAGAGACGCUCGUUGCGAUCAUCCUCAAUGCAAUGCCCU